ACCCAUCGGCACUCAACACGUCAGCACACCACGGCAACACUGUCUUUUUCACCUAACGUCAUGGAUGUCCGGCGUCUCCCGCAACAGACGCACUUCUCUGUAAGAACCGGCAUGAACUAUUCUCCCCUCCCUCCCUGACCAGCUCGUCCCUCGUCAUGGUGCUCGGAGCCUCUCUUCAUCUACACCCUUUCUACACAACUGCAGCCAUGCGCUGGCGGGUGGGCAGCCUGGCUGACUGGCUCACGGCCUCUUUGACAUGGUGUCACCACAUGCACAUUCUCCCCAGGCACCCCCACUGUAACCAUCACAACCGAUUCUACCUGCCUAAGCUUCCCAUCCCUCCCCUCCCGUCUCUGCUAAGUCGUCAUGGCGCCAGUGGUCGGCUAGUUGAUGCCGAGUGGCUUGAAGAGGCCGAUGUCGUUGACCCACCCCAACUGACCCCAACCGAACUGACAGUCGUCAUUCCCCAGGUGGGUGUUGAAGCCCUUGACCACACCAGUCAGCCCAUAGCGGGCCGCCUCGACCAGCCGCGCCCGAUGCACCACCUCGCGCAGACCCACCCGCCGCACACGAGGCCCCUCUCUGACGGCGAAGCACUGGAGGGGCACCCGCACCACCCGGCCGCCCACAUUGGCCAUGCCGCCGAUGACCUCCUCAUUGCCGGCCGUCUUGGUCGCCGCGCACUUGACGAAGUGCUGCAUGGCCCUCUUGAUGCGGUGGGCCACCACUGGCUGCCCGAGGGUGAUGGUGUCGACGGCCUCUGGCUCGUGCAGGAAGGCACCGAUCUUCCAGGCCACCUGGGCCGUCGCAUCCGUGAGGGCAAAUGGGGAGGGGGCAGCAGGGGCAUGUGCUGCAGCAGCAGUGGAUGUGUCAGUGGGGGUGGUGGGCGGGGCGGGGCGGGCGAGGGGCAGCAGCCACGUCAGCAUGUUGGCGGCGUCACGCUGUGGGCAAAGGGCGCCGUUGACGCCGUCCAUGACGGCCUGGGGCAGCUCGUCGUUGAGGACGGUGAGGUACUCGGCCAACACCACACCGUGGGCCUCUCGUGACUCCUGGCGAGCAUUGGCCGGCAGCUGUUGUGGGGUUUGGACCAUGUCGAUGGCAGCCCCGAUGUCAGCAGUGCGCGGAUGGCCCGCUGCAUCCCGCUGACCGUCUCAUCACGCUGCUCGGACCGGGCCUGACGCUGCCAGACGGCGACCUUGAUGGCAGCGAUGCCCAAAGGCGUCUGGUGGGCGCCGAAAGGCCAGUGAGCUGUAGCUGUGUUGAUGUGUGCGGGGCUGAGGUGCUGGCACAGCCACUCGAUCACGUGAUACGGAGACGUGACUGCUGCUCGCUGAAGGGGCUGAAACAUCGGCUGCUGCUGUGGGGCCGUGAGGCUGGCGCCGUUGUCCAUCAUUAGCUGGAGGUAGCCGUGGAUGAAGGCUCGCGAAUAUACGCGGCCCACACUGGCUGCACGAAGGAUAACACUCCAGUCACCAUCUGCCGCUGCCUCGGUGGCGAGGCAGGGGUUGAGCUUGACGAGGUGCUUGUAGAUGGCCAUCAGGGCCGCCUCAUACUGCUCAGUCACGCGCACCCCACCUGGCAGUAAAGCCACCUGCCGCCCUUGCAGAGCCGCUCCGUUGGCCACGAGGGUCUUGAGCGCCGUCAGGUUGGCCGCACGCACCGCCACUCUGAUGGGCUUGGGCUUGAGCCAGUCCGUGGAGAUCCGCGCAGCAGGUGCUGGUGACGUGGGUGGCUCAUUGAGCCCGACGCCCUCCUGGAUGAGAGCCGACAGGACGCCCGUUUGCGUCUCACGCGAUGGCCAGAGCGGCAGCACCAGCCGUCCACCGAUCGCGAGCCACACCGCGGCGCAUUCGAGCGCCGUGGGAGUGCUCCAGUCGUCGAUGGCCAGCGUCAGCAGACAGACACGCCGCCGAUACGCGGCAUCACUCCGCGAGGUGAUGAGGUCAAUGCAGACCCGUGGGUCGGCCCCCUUGCGGACGAGCUGUCGGAUGCCGUCAGGUGUGAUUGUGCGUCGCAUGAUGCCCUGGACGAGCCGCUUGGUGGCAUUGCUGGUGUUGGGCGGGAACAGUGCCUCCACCUUCUCUAUCUUCACCUCCUGCUGCUGCGGCUGCGGGUGUGGCUGCUGUGGUUGCUGUCCGGCUGAUGAUGAAGCCGACAUGAUGAUCAAAUCCUGCACACAGCAGAACCACGCACAACGCUCAGACUUGGUUUAAGGUGUUGUGCUGCGCUGCUGUACCGCAGAAUUGGGCACUGACGAAUGGCUCCUCAGAUGCCGUCACCCUGAGCCGAGUCAGUCACCCCAGUGAGGUGAGCUGCACACAAGCAGCUCGAGAUGUUCGGCAGCCCUCGGUCGCUUCCUUUGCGGCCCUGCGUACCUGAUCGAUCUACUGUGAGAGCUCGGUGCUUACUUCUCCUCGGAGCGCCACGAACGGCAACAAUGCUGCCUGCAGGAAAACACAGAGGUAGAUGCAUACCAUGGCCAGAUCUGCAUCUUAAUCUCUUUCCCUACCAGAGAUCUACGGUAGUGUAGGUUUCCGCC